AUGGCUUCAAGGUCCAUUGUCUUGGGCCACGAAGAAGUUAGAUCCGCAAGGCUGCAAUCUACCGCGAAGAACUUCGAGCUGCGAAAGGUGAGAUGUUGUUCAAGGCUUCUGAAAGCUUGGAAUAUCCGGGCGCCAGAGGUUCCAGUUACCACAUCAGUGUCCCUCUGCCGGGAUACAAGAAUUGAUGGCGACGGCUACGUCUUCAACGAGAACCUCGUGAGCAAAGGGAUCGAUGGUGGCCGUAAUGCGGCGCAGCUACUCCACGAAUCCAUCAAGAACAGUCUCCAGAUCAAGGGCCUUGACCACUGUCAAAUCAUGGUGCGCGUAUGGGCGAAUCUUGCCGGUUUAUCAAAGACGCUCCACAAAGCAGGUCUCGUUGGACCUGAGAAGCGCUCCAUGACUCCCUUUGUCGCCAGCUUCAAUAGGUCAUACGGCCUUUUUGACUACGUGGAUGCCGGCGAGUGGAAAGAGAAUGCCGACUUCAAGUUGCGCGCCAUGCUCAACCUGUACGCAGAGAACUCGCAGUGCAAACACAUCUACUUCGCCGCCUGCCAUGACGGUGGAUACGUUUCCGACCUGACGACAUAUAUCGGCAACAAAGAGAGACUCACCCUCAUUGACUCGCCUAGUGUGAAAUUCCACCCCGAGUAUCGCAAACUCGGCAUGGCUAUAGAGAAGCUUCCCGGUGUGUUCCUAUCAAUGUCGCUAGACGCAAUAUUUGUUCCCAACUCUUCUCGUUCCGGCCCCGCUUCGACCGUUGCUGAAAAGUCGGCGGCGGCGGUGGUUCCAUGGGCAUCAUCAAGUCAAUCAAACAAUUCCGUGGAAAGCGAACGCAAACCCUGUUUCUUUUAUCAGAUUGGGAAAUGCAAAUACGGUAGAAGUUGCACCAACUUGCAUAUUAGCAGCCACAUCGACUACAUGGACAUGUAG